GUACCUCUGGCUGGCCUCAAACUCAGAGAUUCACCUCUCUGUCUCCUGAGUGAUGGAAUUAAAGGUAUGCACCAUGUCCAGCAAGGCAUGGCAUCUUUAUGAUCUGGCCUUGGAAGUCACACAAUGUCACCUCAGCUAACCCAGGCAGGGUCAAUGUGAAGAGAGCUAAACCAAACCAGAUGGAGGAACUGGUGUCAUAAAUGGAGAAUGGUUCUCUCAACCCUCCUCAGCACAAGAAGAAAAUGAAGGUCAGUUCUGCAAACCUGUGGGUCAGACACACCCUUGGGGAGAAGCACCUUCAUCUUGCCUCAGAGACCUCUGGAUGAAUGUUCUCUGGGACUGGGAAUGGAGAAGUAUAGGAGACCAGGAACCAGAGUCAGUGGAAGUAGACUUGAAGGUCACCCGUGUUUCAUGUGUUUGAAUGUUUUGUCUGCACGCAUGUAUGUAUGUGUACCAGGUGAGUGCCUACUGCGCACGGAGGCCCGAGGAGGGAUAUGGAACUGAAGUUACAGAUGGUUGUGAACUGCCAUGUGUGUGCUGGAAUCGAACCUUGGGCCUUUGCAAAAGCAAGUGUUCUUACCCACUGACCCAUUUCCCCAGACCCCACCCGUUUUAAAUUGCACCUACAAGUAUUUGAGCUCCGCUGGUCCAGGACACGCAGCCAAGCUAGGCCCCGCCUUCCCCGUAUUUGGCCACUCUCCGGACUCGCCCCGGCAGGCCUGGCUCUCGUUCUAGGCCACUUGUACUGAGCACCUGCUGUGCACUUGCAACCGUCCCAGAAGUUGGCCAUGAAAGGCCACAAAUCGGUAGAAAGACCAGCGGACUCCGGGACAGCAAAGCUCCCAGGACCCCCCCUAAAGGCAGGUUGCAGGGCAGGGACACCCCCAACCUCUGGCCGCUCCCAGCUGCCCGGGGACAGCCCUACUCACCCCGGCCCCGCCCACCUUUGCUGAGAGGGCGGCACCAACUGGAGCCUCGCCCCCGACGUCACGGCGGAGGCCUCGGGGCGGGGCCGACUCCCUGCGUGUUUCCGCUGCUAGCUGGAGGCCUCUGCGAGUGCGUGCUCGGGUGGCGAGGGCUUGGGGCUGCUGGAGAACAGUAGCUCUCGGCCCCCCGCCCCAGGCCAGGAUGGGCAGCAGCUCGCUGUCCGAGGACUACCGCCAGUGCCUAGAGCGCGAGCUGCGGCGAGGCCGCGCUGGCGUCUGCGGCGACCCCUCGCUGCGCGCCGUGCUCUGGCAGAUCCUGGUGGAGGACUUUGACCUGCAUGGGGCGCUACAGGACGACGCGCUGGCGCUGCUCACUGACGGCUUGUGGGGCCGUGCGGACCUGGCGCCCGCUCUGCGAGAUCUGGCCCGUGCCUUUGAACUCCUGGAGCUGGCCGCUGUGCACCUGUACCUGCUGCCCUGGAGGAAGGAGUUCACGACCAUCAAGACCUUUUCAGGGGGCUAUGUGCAUGUGCUGAAGGGCGUACUGUCUGAGGAGCUCCUGACUCGAAGCUUCCAGAAGAUGGGCUAUGUGCGCAGAGACAACCACCGUCUAAUGGUGACUGCCCUACCCCCUGCGUGCCAGCUGGUGCAGGUGGCUCUAGGCUGCUUUGCUCUUCGGCUGGAAUGUGAGAUCCUAGGUGAGGUGCUGACCCAGCUGGGUACCAGUGUGCUACCAGCCGAAGAACUGCUCCGGGCACGACGAGCUAGUGGGGAUGUGGCCUCAUGUGUGGCCUGGCUACAGCAGCGACUGGCCCAGGAUGAAGAGCCACCACCUCUACCCCCCAGGGGUACACCUGCAGUUUAUGGGGCCCCACUGGACCUGUACCAGGACUUACAGGAGGAUGAGAGCUCUGAGGCCAGCCUGUAUGGGGAGCCCUCGCCAGGGCUGGACUCACCCCCAGCAGAAUUGACAUAUAGACCACCACUCUGGGAACAGAGUGCCAAACUAUGGGGCACUGGAGGCCGGCCCUGGGAGCCCCCAGCUGAUGACCUGCCUCAGGCCAGCAGCCCACCCUAUGGGGCCCUGGGAGAGGAGCUGGAGCCAGAGCCCUCAGCCUUCUCCUUCCUCUCUCUGCGUCGUGAGCUUAGUCGGUCAGGGGACCUAGCCACUCCUGAAGCCCCAGGGAACCCUGGGCAGUCUAGCCCCCGACAUAGGCAGGCAGAAGAAACAUCAGCCUCCACUUACGGGCCAGCUGUUGAACCCCUGGGCUACCAGACACACAGCUGCCUGAGCCCUGGUACCCUACCCACCCUCUGUUGUGACACUUGCCACCAGCUACAUGCCACACUCUGCACUGCUCUAUCAGCCUGCCGCCCAAGUCAUUCACUGCGCAUACUGCUUGGUGACACUCAGAGGCGUCUAUGGCUGCAGCGAGCACAGGUGGAUACCCUGCUGUAUGACAGUCCUGGGGCCCAUCCCUAGGCCCAACUGGACCCCAAGUCAAAGGUUUAAGGGAGAUAGUUUCCAUGGUGCUUUUUGGAGGAAGAGCUUGGGUCACUGGCUGUCCUGGCUCUCCUGUUCCCAGGGAAGUUCAGACCCUGCAGUGGAACAAGGUAGAACUUUAAUGGUAUGUUCCUGCCUAGGGCCAUGUUAGGUUCUCCUUGCUGAAGUACCCAUGUCUCAGCCCUAGCCAGCAGCAGACUCUGAGCUGAAUUAAUAGAAUCCUUCCCCCAUGUCUGUUCUCAUGUCCAGAGAUACAGUGUAGAGCAGCCCAGGCUGAACAAGUCACAGUACUAAACCCCAGAGAUUCUAUCCAUGAACUGCCUGAAGCUCUCUACCUGCUCCCUGUUAUUGCAGGGUAUGUUUUUUCCCAUUAUGUGUCUGAAACAAUCUUCUCACAGGGGCUGCCUCAAGGGCCUGCAGGUGAUACUAUAAAGCACCUGAAUUCCAGUUGGGCCAGUCUGGGAGGUUCUGAAAGGGUACAGCUCACCUAGUUUUGAGGGACCCCCUUGCUGUCAGUGAAGAGAUGCAGAACUGCACAAACAUGCAGUGGUAGGUGCUAUUACCCCCUAUCCAGCAGGAGUGGUUCUCCCAAAGAGUGAGGUCAGCAUACUGCCAAAAGCAGCAGCUCACUGCCUGAUGUAGCUGAACCUAGACAGACAGAUGACCAUUACGAGAUAAGCCACAGCUUCUUUCCCUUUGGAGUAGCCCAGGUACCCUGGGGUCCCUAAAACCACUAACCCACAGGCUAGGGAUGGGGAAGAGCUGCGUUUCCAUAGUCUAUCUGGAGGCAUAGCUACUUUGACCAGUGCUUUGCAACCCCUCCUCUCGGCAUCCUUUCAGCCACCCGUUCUGCUCUUCAAGCCCCUCAGAGGACAUUGGCCAUGUUGCAUGGAUCAAAACCCACAGUACAUUAAAGGAUUGUGAAACUGUCA